AUGAAGGGGGCACAGAUUGGUAGAGAAAGGUUUGUUCUUAAUCAUCUAUUCUUUGCAUAUGAAUGCGUACUAUUUAGCGAUGCCUCUAGGGCAAAUGCACAGGUUGUCUGUAAUUUAGUUUUGGAGUAUGAAUCUGUUUCUGGUCAAGAGGUUAACUUUGACAAGUCUCUUAUAUUCUUUGGUUCGAAUGUGGAAGCACAAGAAAGAGAUGCGGUGGGAGAGGUUUUGGGUGUUAGAAUUGUGCAAGACCCAGAAAAAUAUUUAGGCUUGCCAAUGAUGGUAGGAAGGCAGAAAAGGAGAGCUUUUUUGCACCAUGUUGAUCGAUUCCGUAAGAGGGUCGAAGGGUGGAGUACUCGAUUUUUAUCGGUAGGGGGAAGGAGGUCUUCAUAA